AACCAGGCCAUGGACGACUUCAAGACCAUGUUCCCCAACAUGGAUUACGACAUCAUCGAGUGCGUGCUGCGCGCCAACAGCGGCGCAGUGGACGCUACCAUCGACCAGCUGCUGCAGAUGAACCUGGACGGCGGUGGCGGCAGCGUCGACGAGGACAGCUCCGACUCGGAGGACAGCAUCCCCCCGGAGAUCUUGGAAAGGACCCUGGAGCCUGACAGCUCCGAUGAGGAACCCCCGCCUGUAUACUCCCCGCCGGCCUAUCACAUGCACAUGUUCGACAGGCCUUACCCUCUGGCUCCCCCCACGCCACCUCCCCGCAUCGAUGUGCUGGGCUCUGGACCCGCCUCCAGCCAGAGGCGCUAUCGGAACUGGAACCCACCCCUGCUGGGCAAACUCCCCGAGGACUUUCUCCGUAUCCUGCCCCAGCAGCUGGACAGCAUACAGGGUAACCCUGGGGGCUCCAAGCCCAGGAGCGGAGAGGGAGCCCUGCCCCCUGUGGCUGGGCCCGGGGCCCGGGACCAGGAGAACCGCUGGAAGCAGUACCUGGAAGACGAGAGGAUUGCGCUCUUCCUGCAGAACGAGGAGUUCCUGAAGGAGCUGCAGCGCAACCGGGACUUCCUCCUGGCCCUGGAGAGAGAUCGUUUGAAAUACGAGUCCCAGAAAUCCAAAUCCAGCAGCAGCAGCAUGGCUGUGGGAAAUGACUUUGGCUUUCCUACUGCUGCCCCAGGAACCAGUGACGCCAAUCCUGCCGUGUCUGAAGAUGCCUUAUUCAGGGACAAGUUGAAACACAUGGGAAAAUGUGAGUCCAGCCUAUGCCCCCCCCCCAUCUCUUCCAAGAGGAGCCCUACGGCCUGCAGGCUGGGAGCCGCAGUGUCAACGGCUAAUCUCCUGGACGACGUGGAGGGCCACACUUGUGAUGAAGACUUCCGGGGACGGCGACAGGAGGUGCCCAAGGUGGAGGAAGCCCUAAGGGAAGGACAGUAAGAGAUGUGGGCGGUUCCUCCUUGCCGGAGAUGGUCUGACCUGGUGGAGGCAGCUGGAGAGCCAAGCAGGCCCCCAGCUGAAGGGCCCCGCUCCCGCCGGACAGAUGGCGCUGAGGACUGAGGCCUGGUGAUUCUUCAGCCACGGUCUGGCCCCGCCACUGCCACUGUCACUGCCACUUUCCAUGCGACUUAGAACUUUGGAGUUUCGUGCUGUGACUGGAGGAAGGACCUGGGGCCCUAGGGGCAGCAGCCAAUCCUAGCCCCUUUUGUAGCCAGGCUGGUCUAUGGGCAAUGAGUGGAAAUGCAGGAACCACCACCACCGUCCCCCACCCCACCCCAAUCCCCUGUUGCCUUCUUUAAAAAA